GGGGGGAUGGAGGAGCAAAGGUACCCUUCUUAUAGCACCCGCAGCCCCGCCUGGGAGGAACUGGAGUCCGGGAAGAUGGCCGGGGCCGAGUCGGGGAUGAGCGGCGCCGGGAUCCCGCAGCAGCCCCAGCCCCAACCCCCGGCGCCGGCGGCGGACGAGUCGUCGGACAGCGAAGGGGAACACGAGGGCCCCCAAAAACUCAUCCGGAAAGUGUCCACCUCGGGCCAGAUCCGCAGCAAGACAAGUAUAAAAGAAGGAUUACUACUGAAGCAAACCAGUUCUUUUCAGAGGUGGAAAAAGCGUUAUUUCAAACUUCGAGGUCGUACCCUUUACUAUGCUAAGGAUUCAAAGUCUCUAAUAUUUGAUGAAGUUGACCUGUCAGAUGCCAGCGUAGCUGAAUCGAGCACAAAAAAUGUCAACAACAGCUUUACGAUAAUCACUCCAUUUAGGAGGCUAAUAUUGUGUGCUGAGAACAGAAAAGAAAUGGAGGACUGGAUAAGCUCUCUGAAGUCCGUUCAGUCCAGAGAACACUAUGAGACCGCACAGUUUAAUGUGGAACAUUUCUCAGGGAUGCAUAACUGGUACGCCUGCUCCCAUGCCCGACCUACCUUCUGUAACGUGUGUAGAGAGAGCCUCUCUGGAGUCACUUCUCACGGCCUGUCUUGUGAAGUGUGUAAGUUUAAAGCACACAAAAGAUGUGCUGUCCGAGCAACAAAUAACUGCAAAUGGACUACCUUAGCCUCAAUUGGAAAAGACAUCAUCGAAGAUGAAGAUGGUAUAGCUAUGCCUCACCAGUGGUUAGAGGGUAAUCUGCCUGUCAGUGCCAAAUGCGCAGUCUGCGACAAGACUUGUGGCAGUGUUUUACGCCUGCAAGAUUGGAAGUGCCUUUGGUGUAAAGCUAUGGUUCACACUGCCUGUAAAGAUCUGUAUCCUCGUAAAUGCCCACUUGGCCAAUGUAAGGUAUCGAUCAUACCUCCAACAGCACUAAACAGUAUAGACUCUGAUGGUUUCUGGAAAGCCACAUGCCCGCCAUCCUGUGCCAGUCCUCUUUUAGUUUUUGUUAACUCAAAGAGUGGAGACAAUCAGGGAGUAAAGUUUCUUCGUCGAUUCAAACAGUCGUUAAAUCCAGCUCAGGUGUUCGAUUUAAUGAAUGGAGGACCUCACUUAGGUUUGCGGUUAUUUCAGAAGUUUGACAACUUCAGGAUUCUUGUGUGUGGAGGCGAUGGAAGCGUGGGUUGGGUCUUGUCAGAAAUUGAUAAGCUCAGCUUGCACAAACAGUGUCAGUUGGGAGUGUUACCCCUUGGUACUGGAAAUGACCUUGCUCGUGUCCUUGGUUGGGGAGGAUCCUGUGAUGACGAUACGCAACUUCCUCAGAUAUUGGAGAAACUAGAACGAGCCAGCACAAAAAUGUUAGACAGGUGGAGUAUAAUGUCAUAUGAACUAAAAUUACCAGCAAAGCCUUCUAUUCUUCCAGUGACUGCAGAAGAGUCGGAGGAAUGCCAGAUAUCUGCUUAUGAGGACUCAGUUGCUGCUCAUCUUGCAAAAAUUCUCAAUUCUGAUCAGCACUCAGUUGUCAUAUCAUCUGCCAAAAUAUUAUGUGAAACUGUAAAGGACUUUGUUGCCAAAAUAGGGAAGACUUACGAAAAACCAAUGGAAAAUGCAGAGGAAGCUGAUGCCAUGGCCAUUAAAUGCUCCGAGUUAAAUGAGAAGCUAGACCUAUUGCUCCAGGCUCUUCACACAGAAGCCCAGGCUGCUCCCAUUCUCCCAGGCAUCACUCCCCCCAUUGUAGAAGAAGAAGCAGAGGAGUUUUCAAGUGAAGAAUCCUUGUCUGAAAGUAAAGAGCAAUUAGCAGAGUGUGUCUCAAAGUCUUCCACCCAGAAACUCUUCAAACCAAGGGAACAGUUAAUGCUCCGGGCAAACAGCUUGAAGAAGGCUGUGAGGCAGAUCAUUGAACAAGCAGAAAAAGUUGUGGAUGAGCAGAAUGCUCAUAGUGAAGAACAAGUGAACCAGUCUCCGCUAGAAUAUAGCAAAGAGUUGGAUGAAUCCAAAGAAGAGGAAAAAGAGGAGGAUACAAAGGAACUUGAGUCCCCAUCAAUUAAAACUGCACCAAGAUCUCCAGAUCGACGUACAAGCCGAGGUAUCCAUUCUCAGACAGGCUCUUUCUCUGCUCCAGCUUUGGCUGCAAGCAAGGAAAACCUCCCAGUGCUUAACACUAGGAUUAUCUGCCCAGGUUUGAGGGCUGGUCUAGCUGCUUCUAUUGCAGGAAGUUCAAUUAUUAGCAAAAUGUUGCUAGCAAACAUUGAUCCAUUUGGUGCUACGCCGUUUAUUGACCCGGAUCCAGAUUCCCUGGAGGGAUAUUCAGAAAAAUGUGUCAUGAACAACUACUUUGGAAUUGGGUUAGAUGCAAAAAUUUCACUAGAAUUUAAUAACAAGCGAGAAGAGCACCCUGAAAAGUGCAGAAGUCGGACGAAAAACAUGAUGUGGUAUGGAGUUCUUGGCACAAAAGAGCUACUGCAGAGAACUUACAAGAACUUAGAACAAAAAGUUCAACUUGAGUGUGACGGACAGUACAUCCCCCUUCCAAGUCUGCAGGGCAUAGCUGUGCUAAACAUUCCCAGCUAUGCUGGUGGGACUAAUUUCUGGGGUGGAACCAAAGAAGAUGAUAUAUUUGGGGCUCCCUCAUUCGAUGAUAAAAUCUUAGAAGUUGUUGCGGUAUUUGGCAGCAUGCAGAUGGCAGUUUCAAGAGUCAUCAAACUGCAGCACCACAGGAUAGCUCAGUGUCGGUCAGUGAAGAUCACCAUACUUGGUGAUGAAGGGGUUCCAGUGCAAGUUGAUGGAGAGGCAUGGAUCCAGCCCCCAGGAGUUAUUAAGAUCAUACAUAAAAACAGAGCUCAGAUGCUAACACGAGACAGAGCCUUUGAAAACACCCUGAAGUCUUGGGAAGACAAACAGAAGUAUGAUUCCUGUAAACCUGUCAUUCGAUCUCCGUUGUACCCUCAGCAGGCUGUUGAGUUGGCUACAGAAGACGAAGUUGCACAGAUCCAGCUGUGCUCACAAGCUGCAGAAGAACUUAUUACCAGGAUCUGUGAAGCAGCAAAAAUACAUGGCCUCUUGGAGCAGGAGCUUGCUCAUGCUGUCAAUGCAUGUUCACAUGCAUUAAAUAAAGCCAACCCAAGGUUUCCUGAGAGCCUUACCAGAAACACUGCCAUGGAGAUAGCUGUCAAUGUGAAGGCCCUACAUAAUGAAACUGAAUCUCUGCUAGUAGGAAGAGUUCCUUUGCAGUUAGAAGCUCCCCAUGAAGAACUGUUGUCUGAUGCUUUGCACAGUGUGGAAAUAGAGUUGAGAAAACUUGCUGAGAUUCCUUGGCUUUAUUAUGUUUUUCAACCAAAUGAUGAUGAGGAUCCCCCUCUGGAUUAUGCUAAAAGAAACAAUAGAAGUACAGUGUUUCGCAUAGUGCCAAAGUUUAAAAAAGAAAAAGUUCAGAAGCAUAAGACCAGCCCGCAGCCUGUUCAAAAAUGGGGCACAGAUGAAGUUGCUGCUUGGCUGGAUCUGCUCAGUUUGGGAGAGUACAAAGAAAUCUUCAUCAGCCAUGACAUCCGAGGCUCUGAGCUUUUACAUCUGGAAAGGCGAGAUCUUAAGGACCUGGGGAUAACGAAAGUGGGUCAUAUGAAGCGAAUUCUCCAGGGAAUUAAAGAGCUCGGCAAGAACACCCCUUUGUCUGAAGUGUAAUUACGCUGGUGCUCUCCGUAGAGAGAGAAGGGAAAGUUGCUGGAGAGGCAAAGCUGUUGCAGGCACUUGGCUGUCUUUGUAGUUUACUCUAUGGAAGAAUAAGCACCAGUGUUUGUACAGGCUAGUAUCUCUGAAUUCUUGUAUGGUGAAGAGCUUGCUGCAAGACUACAAAAGGAUUUGUGCCAAAAAAAAAGGAAAAGGUGACGUGUUCCGUGAAGACGUUUUCUCGGCGUGCAAACUUGGCCAGUUCGGAUAAGCACAUUUUGGUAAAUCGAUUGGUUUAUGGUGAACUGCACUGACUGGAAAAUAUAAUCAAGAAAUGAUUGCUUUGCUUCCAUGCAGCUCAGUAUGCCUCUCUUUAUGCUGCAGCAAGAUACCACUGUACAGCAUGAGGUUGUCCGGUUAUCCUUCCGAGGCACAGCUCCGUAAAACCUCCUGUGCAGGAGACGGAGAGGUUUUGGAGGUUCGAGACGUGAGCCUAGCAGUGCCGCAGGUACCCAGCACUCGCUGGCCACGCAGACGCGGGGAGAGAUAACCUCGUGAGACCAUGAAUGCAAACUAUAACGCAUGGUGUGCCUGCCUGAAUCGUCUGUUGUUCUGUUGCAUGACACAUCUGAUACUUUAAACACUUGAACAACUUUUGUAUCGGUUUGAAUGAGAUUUAAUUUAUUACUACUUGAGUGGCUUUUGGUUUUGGUUUUUUUUCAGUUUCAGGCACUUUUCUAUUCUUCAGUGUUGUGUUAUGCCUAAAAUGUGUUCCUACGGCAAAGGAUGUGUGGGUGUGGAAACUUAGCAUUUGUGCCAUAUUCAGCCAAUUAUAUGCAUUAUAUAUGAUUGAAACACUGUACAGCUAGAUUUUUAAAUAUACCAUGUACAGAAGGUAUAUCAGGUAACUAACUUACGAGUAUUUUUGAAAGACCGGUACCUCACAAAAAUAUCAAUUGGCUUCCUGCAUGGAAAAUGAUAAAGGAUCUUCUCAUGGUGCAUUUUAAUGUAGUUGUUCUGUUAUCUCAAACAGCUGUAGCAUAUUUGAACUUUUAGGCACUAAUGGCUUUAUUUAUUCUAUUGUUCAAAAAGCAGGUUGAAACAUUAAUGAAAAUUUUUUGCAGGAAAAUUCAUUUUAUUUAUCAGACAUAAGAAGAGUUUUAAAAUGUAGCAGCUGAUUUGAUUUUUGUGGGGUAAGCUUUUACUCAUUACUAAUUAACUAUUAAUUUAAAAAUGUCUCUGUAUGCAUUUCUUUACAAAGGCAUCAAUUUGUUUCUUGUCAGCACUCCUACAUGGGUAGAUCAUAAAAAUUCAAAAAACAAACUCUAAGGUUUUACACUAUGCAUGCAAAGAUGAAUCACAUGCAAGAUAGUAAUCCAUGAAUGUAAACAGGUUAAAAAAUGAAAACUAUCUUUGUUUAGAAACUGCGUUAGACCAGAGUUUAUAAGGUUAUUUAUAGUUUACUUAAAUGAAACAUAGCUUCAUAAUUGAAUUUCCUGGUUAAUUUUUCACAAAAAUAUUAAUCUAGCAGAAAAAGAAUUUGCAUAUAUCUACAAAAAAACCUACUUAAAUGUUUGAGAUGAGAUGAUAUUGCACCACCUGCCAGAAAACUUGCACAGAAUUGCUGUCUGCUUGCUGUUCCUAACAACGUGUCAUUGCAGCACGAGGAACACUUGACUUUUACUUAAUCAAGUAGCUUUGACAUUUCUUACAGGUUAAAAAGUAUCUUAAUAUCUAUUUAUGUUUUCCUCGUAGGCAGCAGAGUAAGGUUUCAUUUGUUUUUUCCAAAGCUUAUCUCAUCUCCCCUGUCUGAAGGGGCCAACGUCAAGUACUGCAUCCUGGCUUUGCCCUCCCUUUCUUGUGAGUAUGAUGGGAGUCAUCCCUUGGAAAGUAGAUGGGAAUCAUCCCUUGGAAAGUAAGAGCUAUUCCCCUCAUUGUUUUAUUGAAAAAAAAAAAAAAAAAAAUCAGAAGGACCAAACCAGCCUUCGUUUAUAUCCAAUUAUAGUACUAUGUGCUCUUGUUGCUGUAGGUUCAACAGGCACCACUCUGGGAGCUCUGUGGAUAUAAUUGAUUAUUCUGGUAAACAAACAGAAGUAAAAGGCUAUGUUCCAUUAGGGUUUCUGUAAAAAACAAACCAAAAUCCCUUUGCCAAGUGACAUGAUUUUCAUGCUGUUGUAUGAAAAGCAUAUGCAAACAAUGGGAAGUUAGGCAAACAAUGGAAAGAUUAUAUAUUUUUUAAUGUACUUGACAUUCACCCCUUUAAUGAAGUUCAGAUGGCAUCUGUCACGUCUUUGCAAGUUGUAUUUCCUUUUCUCUUUGUUUCUCUGUAAGCUACGCUAUAUUUUAACGUGUGGCAGCGUUCUAAUAUAUCAGAUGUUACGGUAGACUACGUAGUUAAUCUUUCUGGUCAAUUCAAGGACAGAAUACAUAGAAGAACUUCCUUUGCUUUCCUGAUUGUAGGAUACACUCUCUUUACUACCUUCAGCCUUGCUAUAUGCAAUGUGUUAAGAUGGGCUAUGGAACAGGAUCUCUUCAGGUCCCUGUAGAGGUCUACGCUGAGUACAUUAAAAAAAGGGAGCUGCUUUUAGGCAGGGAAAAUGGGCAGACGUUGUUUGUAACGCAACUUUCUUGUGGCACUCCUCAAAUUACCUCAAUAUAGGACUAAUGAUCAAUUGUCUUUGUAUAGUUCUUUUUUUUUUUUAAAUGACCACCAAAGAAUUUAACUUCGAUUGUCCUAAGCAGAAGGGUUUUUUAAACGUGCAAGUAGAAAGAAAAUUGUAAGCAUCAUUUAUGCUGUAUUUAUUAGAUGCCCAGGAGAGCAAAUUUUAUGCAACUCUAUGCCUUAGACUAGUGUUGGCUAUCAAAUCCAAAUGCAUCUGACAAGGAGGCUCAAAAUAUUUUACAGGGUUUCUUUGCCGAGGUCAUGGGUCGUAACUGUGUUUAGUGAUGUGGCUUUUCUAAAGAAAGACUUUUGAACCCAGUGUUACUAUCUCAUGAUUAUUGUAAUUUCCAAGUAUUGGUUUUUUUUUUCCUUACUGCUGUAGAAGUCCCAGCUCCUAGAACUAAGGACGUACAUAGCUACAUUUUUAAUGAACUGAAUUCUUUAUAAUUUAAUCUUGACGUUUAAAGUGCUUCAAAGCAUACAUCCCAAUAUUUCAGCAAAAAUAAGGUAAACACAUCCCCCCAAAGUAGUUAGUUUUUUAGAACACAAGUUAUCCCAAUAGAUAUUGUGGAGCCCGAUUCAACAUGCUAGAUUUAUCAAGACAAAAAAUGACUAUACAGAGUUUACCGGAUGAAUUUGUUUCCCCUAGUAAAAUACACUUAAUUUCCGUGGUCAGUCAGCAUACCUUAAAAUCUGAAAGGAAUACAGAGCAAUUGGCAUUUUUUUUGAAGCAGCUGGUAUUCAUAUAGAUGAAAUGCCCUACACCUCAGAAAGAGGAAGAGGAGAAAUCCAUGUUUUUAAAUGGCAGCAGACUGCGAAGUGCAUGUUUCUGUUUUGUCAAUUUUGAACAGGAUUUUUCCAUUUCACUGUAUUCAAUUGCUGUAGCAACCUCUGAUUCGGGUCAUGCAAGUAUUGCCUUUAUAAUGCCUAAUGCCUUCUUCUUAGAAACUGAAUGAAAUCAGGCAAACUCAUGGUUGUAGGUGUUGAGGGUUUUUUACAAUACUUUAAAGAAAAAACUUGUUCAAAAAUGAAAUUUUUUAUAUGAUGGCAAUUACAAAUUUUCUUUAUGGUACAUUUUUAUGUAUUUCUCCUUAACCACUUUUUUUUUUCUCUCGAACCUCUCUUUCUUUCAAAGAAAAAUAUUUUAAACUUGGAAGAACAGUAAAAUGUAAAGCGUGUGAUCAAAAACCCUCCCAGACUAUUUCAAUCCAGUAUUUCUUACUUUGGGACUGGAGUAAACAUGCUUGGUCCCGUAAAUAAUAAUCAAUAGAAAUCAUCUUUCUCUCUCCAACCCUGCCCAAAGAAAUUCAUGCUGCGAUGUUGUAGAACUGUAAUUCAAACAAGAGGAAUUGAUUUUUUUUAUAAUGGCCCAUUUCAUAUUUUCCUAUGCUUUUUGUUGAGAAAUAGCUGCCAAUUUUGACUUUUUAAUUGAACUCAGCGAUACUAAUUCACUUAAUGAAAAUUCCAUAAUGCCUUGAUAAUGAACAGAUCUUAUUUCAAGGGUAAAAUCAUCAGUGUUUUUCGAUGCAUCUCGUCUUCCUUUCGGGAAGACUGGCAGGAGACCUUUUUCACAUGUAAUGGAAAAUUAAUAUAUAAAGCAAAUAUGAGAGGAUGUUCCAUAGUCCAACUUUAAAAAUAGAUGUAAAACUACAUGUUAUACAUAGAUAAUUCCACAAUGGACAUGUAAGACAACAACCCCCACAGUGAUUCCAUUUUGCUUGAUGCUUCCUAUUAAUGACUGCAUUACUAGUGUUUACUAUUAUUUCUCCAUUGGUCUGUCUCUGCCCCUAAGUAUUAAGUUCUUGCAUAUAAGUUUGACAGCUCUGGUAACUAAUAAUGAGCAGUGCAAAAAGUCUUUGUGAAAGGUAAAGUCACAAGUGAUGUAUGUUGUUGAGGAUAACCGAGCUGGAGCAAUAUAUUCAGCUUACAACCAGGAAAUCAUCUUGUCACUCAUGUGAGUAAGUGGGAGCCACAGAAAAUUAUAUAAGUAAUUAUAAAUUUAUUUUUUCACCCCAGUGACCGAAGUACCUCUCAACUGCAGCGUCCUGAGUGUUACAUUUAUACCACGGGCUCUCCCACUUUUUUGAUGCUGUUUUCAUAGAUUGGAUCCUUUGUGGUAUGAUUUUUUCAUAUCAUCAGUGGUUGAUGCUGCUUAUUCUAAUUGCAAAGAUUUAAUGUUUGCAGGAACUGUACAUGACUGUAUUGCUGUCUUAAGUAAAAGGAGGAGUUUUUGAUGACUUGAGCAGCUGAGGAGUUUGGACAGGACUUAAAAUAUCUCUGCUGCCGCUUCAGAGAUGAAUGGUAGUGUCAGCACGAUUGAUAAAGCAUCAUUCGGUAAUUAUCAAUAGAAGAUCUUUACUGGUUGUAUAAAUUUCUGUAUUUAUGUAUAGAAUAUAGUGUGGAAAUUGAUCUUUUUUACAAAAAGAAAAAAAUUUUCUAGUUCUUUUCUACUACUGUUGGAUUAGGUUUAAUAGCUCUGUUAAUGGUUAGGUUGUGUACUUGAAAUGCUCAUUUCUGCCAUACAGAAGUCCAGUCUGUUUCUCAGAAAUUAUAUUCCAUUUGGAAGCCAUCUGGAGACUUCCAGGAGACUAUUCCUGUAGCCAGUCGGAGCUAAUACCAAAAUUCAUAGCAACUUCUGUAGGCUCAAUAGUGAUUGCCCUCAAUAUUUUAACUGAAAAAAAAAAAUGGUUUUGAAAGUUGUUUUUUUUUUUUUUUUCCAGCCCAUAGAAUUAAACUUAAAACAUCAUCCCCUCAUCAACUGUAAAAAAUAAAAUAUUAGCACUGUUAACACUUUGGCAAACUAACAAAAUGCUGGCAAUUACAGACCUGCAAGUAUUCCUGGGCAAAUUGUAAUGAAUUUAGCUGCAGUGGUUAAAGACCUACCACCUUCAGAGCAGUCAACACAGAAUUCAUACAUUUGCUUGGUAAAACUAUAAACAUCUGUUUUAAAUUAAUUGAAGCCCUUGUCUCCCAGUUGAUACAAGCACUUUUUAUAUAAACUCUUUGAUGGGAGUUUGAGUUCACAUAACCUAUUGCUUAUAUUAGCAAGGGCAGAAGAAGCUGGUACAUAAUUUCUGUUUAACGCAGGUCAUGUCUCUACUAAUGUUCUCACGCUGUUUCCCAGCUCCUGUGUCUGGAUGACUUCCCAGCUGCUUGGCAAGAUGAGACCCUCGCCUGUCUCCCCCCGUUUCUGUUCAGAAGAGCUGGACAGGCCGGCUAGGAGAAAGCUGUAGCAUGUUCCAGGAGAUCUAGAUUGAGCAGGGCUUCAGGCUCCAAGCUCUAGCAUAGCCAUGGUGGACAAAAAUCCUUUAAGUUAUACUCUUGCAGUCCCCGCUAAAAGCUGUAUUUAGCUUGCCGUGCCACUAACAAUUAACACUAGCUACUGGAAUGCCCUUGGAAGGAGAGGUGGUUUUGCUAACUCCAGCAGCUGUGUAAGACUUUUGAAAAUACUAGAAAUUAUCUAGUAGGACAAGUACACAAGUGACUAAGCUGUAUUUUAUUCUAUGGAACAAACACUUCGGAAAAAUAUAUUUGUAGUAUGACUGAAAGGUUAGUGUUAGGAUUGAAAAGAUACUGGAAGUAAAAGCGAUAUGGUACAAAGUUUGAAGUACUUUAAAUUCUAUUUUUUUUCCAAGUUCAUUGGAAGCAAUUCUUUUAGGAAGCUGUGUUUGAUCCAGGUAUAGCUAUGUUAUACUAGAGCAUGUGAACUGGAAGAUGAAACCAGGAAGAAAUGAACUACAAGUAAAAUUGGGUAAUUUGUUUUCGGGAUGGAAACCGAGUGAAAAGCCAAAACCUAAACCCUCACAGUGCCCCAAAUGCCUACUAUGAAUAUUUAAAGGAAAUUAGCAUUUUAAGUCCUACUUUUAAUAAACUAAAGUGUUAAUUGGAUAGAAAACAUUUUAGCUUAAUUAAUAACCUGGCAAUGUCAUUAACAGGGAAAGAGUUACAGACAUGACUGUUUUUCUCCCCGAGUUAGUUGAGGUAAGCUCUGUUUGGGACUAAUUCUCAUUGCAGUCACAGCCAAUUAUUACAUGAAUGGGGUGGAUGAGGAAAGCCGUUCGAAGCUGCUUGGUCUUGCUUUUCAGGGAGGGAGAGCACGUGUGCUGGCAAAUCAGGCCUGGGGGCUCUUAAUGAGAAUUUUAAGAACGUAAGAUUUUCUAUCGGAACAGUUUGUGAAGGUUUAUAGCAAGCACACAGGCAUGCGGAUACCCCCGUGAAGUUUCUAGUGGCACUGUCCUCUCACGAGAUGCCAUCUCUCUAUAUUGAACAGGCAUUUGGACUGUACUGCUUAGCCAGAUUUCAGAGGAUUUUCUACAGGCAUCUGUCACUUGUGGUGUCCGUACUUUGUGUCCUGGAUUUCUGUCUCCUUAAAACAUGCACUUUGAACAAUGCGGGUGUCCGUAUGUGACAAAAAUUGCCAUUUUCCCCCCCUUAAAGAGCACAGCUUGUGAACCUGUCCUGAAAUAAUUCAUUUCAUUAGCCACUCCCUUACACUGUGUCCUUUGAAUCCUAAAAGAGCUGAAACAUGGGACCUCCCUAGAGCUGCCACUUACCUAGUAAUUUAGUUUGCUGAAGCUUGUGUGUUGAGGGGAUCAUCAAAAGGCAAGAUAAUAUUCACAGCAGAAGGUGAGAUGUGCAACAGAUGGGAUUUGUACAUAAAGAGUACAAGCCGUUGAGGAGCUUCUGAGAGGUGAAGAGGGCCUGAUCUCUGCAACAGAGAUCUGGUGCUUCUUCGUUGCUGUCAUCACACACAAAUCAUUUAAUGACAUCUAAUACUACCAACUUGCUGUCUUAAUUCACGGUGACAGCAAACAUAUCAGUUCGUACUAACAAAACUUCUCACCGCCACAACUGUACGUCCAGAGCAGGUAUCUUGAAACGCCGAGCGCUAUGGAAUCACAUGAAUGUACUUGCGGUGUAAUGUUCUGGCAUGUAAAAAAGUAAAUUUAAUCUCAAGGUAUUUUAAAGCUCCUGAGAGGCUCCCAGCCCAACAUGGUUGAUUCCUCUCAUUAGCCAGGCUUGUCACUUAAACUAGUAUUCCAGUCAAGUACACCUGUUAGUUAAUUCUGUAGUAACAUCCACCUACUUGCAUGAAUGGGUGCAUAAAGUGCACGUGGAAAUGUUGCGGAGAUGUGAUGCUGUAUAGUUUUCUGCAUAAUUCAUAUUUGGGUCUGAAUUGUGUUUUGUAGCAAAAAGCUGAAACGCACAAUUUUGACCCAAUUCAGAAACAUAUUCAAUAGAAAAUUAAAACAUCUAACAUGAUUUAUACUGGUUUAGGUAAAAAUUGCUGCAGGCUUGGUAGGUUCUGCCCUUCGUUCCCCGUUCGCUCCACAGGAAAGUCCAUCGUCUUUGCAAACAUACAGAUCUGUUGGGACUUAGGCACGUGCUUAGCUUUAAAGAGCACUUCAGUCCCCCUUGGAGAUUGCUCAUGUAAUUUAGUUUUAGCAUUUAUGUGUAAGCCUACAAAGGAUUUGAGUAGGUAGAAACUCUUCCUCGCAUAAAAGUUAUCAUCAAGACUGACCAUCGGUAGACUUUUAAAUGCCAUACCUAUGAAUGUUGUUCUCUUGCCAGUAUUUGCAUAUGCGUGUGUGUGUGUAUAUGUAGUACUUAGUUUGCAGUGUGUAUGUGCGUGCACACCUGUAUAUAUAUAUAUGUAUAUACAUACCCUGGUUUUGCCCACUAUAGUGAUGCCAACUUGUGUGUAGAGCCAAAAAAACUUAAAACUAUACAAUGCUUGAAAUGCUGCAUUGUUUUUAUUAUAGUAUUUUUUAUAUCAGACGAAUUGCAGGAUGUUUACAGAUGCUUAUUAAUAUUUAACUUAUACAAUGGAGUGGCAGGAUGUUUAUGAUUGUUGUCAGCUAAAGAAUUGUAUGUGAUUCUGGGUGAAAUUUUGGCUUUGUUGAAAUCCUUGGUAAAACUCCCAUUGAUCUCACUGGGGCCAAGAUUAAACCCCUCUGAAUCUAUUGUUUACUGGCUAUUUUCCUACUGUGAUAAUUUUUUUAAAUGAGUGAAAUGUAUUUAUUUUUUCCCAAUGUGAAAUCUGCAGUUGCUAUUUGGAUUUUUCUACAGAACCUGCAAACUACAACACAGGUGGGACUAUAUGCCUCAGAGAAUGUACAGAAUUUUUCAUUGGUCUGGUCCUUGAAUAUGUCUAAGAAAAUACCUUCUAAAAUAACUUUUGUAAGAUUUAAUACAAAAUCUUCUAAAACCAGAUCACCUUUCAUACCUCUCUCCACAAAGAGGGCAUGCAGCGUGGCAGGUGAAAAUGAAGAAUUAUUUAUUGAUGAAUAAAAAGUAGUCCCGUCUAUUUUGUAUACCUGCUGAUUUCAUGCAGCUCACCUGGCUCUACAGAUCUGGAAUGAGACACUUGAAGUACCUCAUCCAAAAGUACCUUAUCGGGGCUGGGAGGAAGUUAUUAUAGUAUAUGGCUUUAAACUUCUCCUCAAGCCAUGGAGGUAUCUUCAGAGCCAGUCAGUAGAAUGAUUCUUUUAAUAUUUUACGGAUGAAUAAAAUUAUGAAACUAUUAAGUGGUAAGGCAAAUCAGACAACUGCUUGACAUUAGAGAAAUCACUUGUUUAGAGAAAGAAGGAUCAGUUCUUUAAUAGCACCAGGGAGGAAAAAUACCUUAAUGCAGCGCUUCCUAAAUCCCUUUUCAGGGUGUCUUUUAAUUGUGUAUGCUCUAAGUAUAUUCUUCCUGUAAAAAGACAUAAGGCUGUGAAACAGCUAAAUAGAUGCAUCUUAAUUUCUUCAUCUAAGGCUAAAAAUAUCAUUUUCAAAGAAGAGCUAUCAUGCACUUUGAGAUAUGUGUCCAGAGCAGGUAAGUUUAUAUUCAUCGUAGAUAGUCAUCCCAGGGAUACAGUAGGAUUUGUAAAAUGUAGUAGUUAUGCCAAUGUUAUCAAAAGCUGAAGAAAUAGCAAGCCAGCCGUAUUCCCCCGUGAGGCUCUUUCCGAAGACAUCUGUGCAGAAUGCCCACUGCUCUCAGGAGUCGUUUGCUGUAAUUUUGUUUUAAGAAAGGAUCAUAUUCAGAUUCCUACUCUUCCCCUUGCUAAUAAGGAAGGAAGUAUGUACCUUGGUUGAACUUUCCGGGAGUUUGUUGGCUAUAGAAACAGACCUCAAAAGAAAAAACAGUCGAGGUGAUCAGUAGGCUCGUGGAGGAUGCACAGGGCUCUGCCUGCGCUCGCUAGUCUGCUAUUGUGGAUCCGAUUACAGAUUUGGGGGAAAAAAAUCUCCUAUUGUGCUCCCGCUGCGGUCAGUGGCAAACCCCCGUGAUUGUUAACGGGAGCAGAUGGGCGCCCGAGUGAGCAGGCAACUUUCCUUUUGCAUGUUCGUUAUCAUUCUGUAAUUCUAACCGCGACUGGAGUUCAGGACACACCAUUAUUUGUCUGAAAGGCAAUGACGAGUAGAGGAUACGCGAGGAAACGAGGGGGAAGGGGCUGGAGGUCUGGAUUCUGCCUUUAGUUUCCUGCCGCGGAGCUGGUGCAAGACUGGGGGCAACUCAGUUAACCUUGGGGUGCCUCACUUUCUCCGCCCGUGGGACUAAGGAUGCUUUACCACCUUUGUACAGCGCCCGAGACCUAGAGGAGAGCAGUGGUAUAUAAGCGGCUACGUUUUACUGACACUAUUAUAUGUAGUAUAAAUAAAUGACUUUUGUCCGUAACACUGCAAAAAUUGCUUUUCCUAGUUUCGGUUCUAUCUGAUGACCUAUUGCAUUCGGGGUAGUCAGUUUUGAAGCUUGGCGAUUGCUCUAGUACUUAACAAUUACACACACGUAGCGGGCUCUGUUUGCUGCAGAAAAGAGUAAAACUUUAAACUGCCUGACAAAACUUGCCAAUGAAGUAUAUCUAACAGAGCAGGGGUGUAACUUUUGGCUUUAUUUACUUGUAAUAAUGGUAAGGAACAGUGAAUUUUGUUUGUUUACAUACUGUUUACAAUGGCACAGUUUUAUUUUUAAUAUAUAAAAAACAAUUGAGGUAUUUAUUGCAUAUACUAUUUUAAAGAUGUUUUAUGUGUUUUCACCUUUGGAAUAUAUUGUUACAUUUCCUUGUACAGAUAAUUUGGGUGGCUUUGUUAAUAUAGUUAGUAAUUUUUAUGACUACUAAGUGACCAGUUUUCCGUGCCUUUUUAUUGUUGGAUGCAUGAUUACAUAUUUAUUAUUGUAUGGAAGUCACUGAGAUGUGUAUUUUUGUAUUCUGCUGGAAGCAAUGGUUGAUUUUAUUGUACAUGAUAAGAGAUGCCUUCCAUAAUGGGCACUCGUAUGAGAUCUUCCUUCUCAAAUAAACAGAAUGCAUUCAAUGUA